AUGGACGUGAAGCCACAGCGCCCUCUGCGGCCACUACGCGUCAGAAACGACGAAAAUGUCCCCCCCGAGAGCCACGUCACCAAAACAAUUCACCAUCGAAAUAAAUCGAGUCCAGCACUUACAACUACUUUCGCUGAAGCCCAGGGGCUCAAGGCCGCGGCGAAGAGAACAGCAUUUGGAGACGUGAGCAAUAUCGUUGCAGGCAGACCAAGCAAAGAUGAUUCAAUACUGCACACCAAGCCGAGCCUACAGGCUGUCGUGAAACCUGGCCAAGCCCUCGAACAAAGAAGAUCUAUCGCGCUGCUGCGUCCCGCUCAAAAAGGGCUGAAAACCAUCCUUGCGGGAGCGACUGCCUAUGGGACCUCAAAAGCCUCUUCCAACGCCGCGUCCACAGAGACGGUGGUCGCACUACAAUCUGCCACAUCAAAAAAGACGUUGACGAAGCGCCAUACCACAAUCUUCAAGGAUAAUCGUCUUGCCGUGCUUCAAGAGACGGAAAUAAACUUGGACCAGCCAGUGAAUGAGAGUACGACAGAGACACAAAAGGUCCCCAACUCGGCGAAUUGUGGAAUAGCGUCUCAGCUUUGCCUCCUUCCUCCACCUGCAUCGGUUGUUGUUCACGCUGAACCGAUCAAAGACACCCCGGAUCUCUAUUCGGACACUAGCUUGCCAGGCAUAGAAGCUGUAAACCUCGGCCCUGCGCUCUCGAGCGAGUCAAGCAGCGAGACCCAGGUGAAUGGUGCCAGCAGCACUGCCUCAAGCCACGUUGCCCAGCAACUUCAGCAACCCGCUGAUCGACCUCUCCCCAAAGAUCUUCUACCCUCAGUGGAACCCCACACCACCGUUGUUCGAAAAGAGCCGCAACCAAUUCCUGUGGCAAGCCUCGUGAAUCCGGUUGAUAACAUCCCUCCUCUGAGCCCUCACCAUUCCUAUAUCCAGCAACGACUCGAGCAAGAAGAAUACUGGGAUGAAGAGGAUGACGAGAACUACGAAGAGGAAGAUUAUGUGACCGCCAGGUCUUUCCGAUCACGGGGCGACAACACUACCGGCGGUGUUACGACCGUCCUGUUUCCGCAGAUGAACCAACGGGCCCGUAAAGAAAUUGCUGCCGCGAAGCAGUUGGUCGAAGCCACCCGUUCUCCCGAGGAGGUGGAAGAUGAAAGCUAUGACACGAGUAUGGUCGCCGAAUAUGGAGAGGAGAUCUUUGAUUACAUGAGACAACUCGAGGUGAAGAUGCUUCCCAACGCCCACUACAUGGACAACCAGCAUGAAAUUCAAUGGUCCAUGCGCUCGGUCUUGAUGGAUUGGCUUGUGGAAGUCCACCUCCGGUUCAAUCUACUACCCGAGACACUCUUUCUGACCGUCAAUUACAUUGACCGCUUUCUGUCGUGUAAGGUUGUCUCUCUCGCCAAACUGCAGCUUGUGGGCGCAACCGCCAUCUUCAUUGCCGCAAAAUAUGAAGAAAUUAAUUGUCCGUCGGUACAAGAAAUUGUGUACAUGGUCGAUGGUGGUUACACUGUGGACGAGAUUCUCAAAGCCGAGCGGUUUAUGCUUACCAUGCUUCAAUUCGAACUCGGCUUCCCCGGGCCCAUGAGUUUCUUGCGCCGGAUAAGCAAAGCUGACGACUAUGAUCUGGAGACGAGGACCCUGGCGAAAUACUUCCUCGAAGUGACCAUGAUGGAUGAACGUUUUAUUGGCAGCCCCCCAAGCUUUACAGCAGCUGCAUCUCAUUGUCUUGCACGCAUUAUGCUCCGGAAAGGCACUUGGACCGCUCAUCAUGUCUACUAUUCUGGGUAUACAUACACUCAACUCAGACCACUGAUUAAGUUACUGCUGGAAUGUUGUGAGGAUCCGCGGAAGCAUCACAAGGCAGUGUUCAAUAAGUAUUGCGACAAACGCUACAAGAGAGCAUCAGCCUUCGUCGAGACGGAAAUCCGGAGAGGGUUCGAGUUGCUCGACCCCGUUGCAUCAACGUCUUUCCUUCAGUCGACGAUGCUUUCAUUCUAUGAUAGCGUUCCUUAUCUUCGCAUCCAAAUUCGGAGGCAAGCAGUUGUCUACCGUAAGAGGCAGAUUUUCGGCAUCUUCAAGCGGAGAGACUCGCACAUCAUCAACUCUCAGCUGCAGAAGCCUCGCGCCAUCCAGUCGAAACGAGCUUCAAGAUUGGUUGUCAGUAUUCACUUCGGCCGGGAUUAG